AUGGUUUCUAGUUAGACAGCUGAGAUUCGAUCAUCAAGAACCGCUUUUGAUUCUGAUCAGGGUGGUUUAUCAAAUCCAAUGGUUGAGAGUGUGUCAGAUCAAGAACAAUCAAGAGCCAAAUGGACUACAUUUUCCACUAAGAUAUUUGCGGAUUUGCUGGUUGAGCAAAUCCGCAAAGGAAAUAGGGGUAGUGGUGCUUUUACAAAGUUAGCUUGGAAGAUUAUAAGAGAUGAGUUCAAUAAGCAGACUGGUCUCAAUUUUGAUAAGCAGCAAUUGAAGAACCACCUUGAUGUCCUCAGGAAGAGGUAUAAUUCGGUGAAGGCGAUUCUUGAUCACACUGGUUUUAGUUGGGAUGUUGCUCAGUAUAUGGUGCUGGCUGAAGAUGAUGUAUGGCAAGAGUACAUUGAGGCACAUCCUGAGGCUGACAUUAUCAGAAAAAGGGGCUGUGAUAUAUAUGAACAGCUUUGCUUUAUAUUCUCAUCAGAUUCUGGAAUCAAUGAGAAACAUGCCAUUUCUAUUUCAGGAACAGCGUCGCAUCAGAUGAAUGAUGAGCAAUCCAGGGCUAAGUGGAGUAUGCCGCUUGAGAAGGUAUUUGCGGAUUUGAUGCUUGAGCAGGUUGCUCAAGGGAAUAGGUCGAACAAUGCUUUUAGUAAUAAAGCAUGGAAGUAUAUACACCAUGAGUUUAAUAGGCAAACAGGUUUAAAUUACGAUAAGCAGCAGUUGAAGAAUCAUCAUGGUGUCUUGAGAAGGUCUUACCAUAGUGUUAAGUCACUGCUUGAUCAGGAUGGCUUUAGUUGGGACAAGUCCCGGUGCAUGGUGAUUGCUGCGAGUGAUGUGUGGGCAAAUUAUAUUGAGAAGCAUCCUGAAAUUGAGUCAGUAAGAGUCAAAGGCUGCCCACUUUUCGAACAGUUGGACAGCAUAUUUUCCGAGCCAGGCAGUGCUGGAAAUUGUGGAGUGCCUCAAGUCCCUCAAACACAAAUAGCUGUUUUCCAGAUGGAUACUCUUCCCAGUGAAGAUCAAUCCAAGCAAGAUCAAUCAAGAGCAAAGUGGACUGUGGCUCUGGAUAGAAUACUCAUAAACUUGUUGAUGGAGCAAACUCGACAGAAUAAGAUGUCUAAUAAGAAGGCAUGGAAACAUAUACAAAAUGAAUUCAAUCACAGAACUGGUUUAAAAUUUGAUGGGGAACAGUUGAGGAAUCACCAAAAUGUUCUUAGAAGGGUGUAUAAUAACAUAAAGACAGUUCUUGAUCAAGGCAGUUUUAGUUGGGAUGAGUCUCGGCAUGUGGUUGUGGCUGAUGAUGAAGUGUGGGAGAAGUACAUUAUGGCACAUCCCGAGGCUGAAACAGUCAGGAACAAGGACUGCCCGAUUUUUAAAGAGUUAUGCAUAUUAUUUUCUGAUCCAAGAUCAGAGGGAAGACACGUUCAAUCAAGUCAUGUUGUGAAGUUGGAUCAACAAAAAGUGGAAAUGGAUGGCACUCCUGAAACUGCAAGUGAUUCUGCUGAACCUGCAGUAGACGAGGCAUCAUCACGCUUAUCCGAGGAAGUGAAUAUGUCUAGUGGAAGAAACAAGCGCCAUAGUUUGUUACAACCGCUUAUAAGCUCAACUCGCCAGAGGAGGCGAGUGUGUAAGGAAACUAGUCAGACUGGCAUCAACGACGUCUCCCAACAUGAGGAGGGAAACAAGACAGUAGCUGCAGCAUUAGUAGCAGCACAGAGUGGUGACCGAUUCUCGAUAUCUAGUUGCAUUGAAGUGUUGAAUGAGAUGGUAGGGGUGGAUCAAGAGGUUUAUCUAGCUGCUUUGGAUUUGUUCCAGGAUCCAGAUCGCAGAGAAACAUUUAUAUGCAUCAAAAGUGAUAUCAAAUUGGCAUGGCUCAAGGCCAAGUGUAAAUCUCUUGUGUAAAAUUGUUGAACUUCCCACU